UUGUAAACAAGUCGCUGUCACGCUGAAGAGCACGUGCACACUUGAUAAAGGGGUUAUAUAACUUUAUAAUAUUGAAUGUGUUAUCUGUAAGUAACGAGGUUUGUCCGCACGAAAAAUCACAGAGGAUUGCAGUAUUUCAGAAGACUGACUGAUAGAAACCAUCAAUCAUCAACAUGGUUCUAGUGUUUGAUGCCGAUGAAAACAACUUGGCAAUUUGUGCCAUAGUUACAAUUGCUAUGCAGUUCACCUUUUUUCUGGUGGCGUGUAGCUGUAAAUUUGACAAAGUUACAGACUUUGCUGGGGGUACAAACUUCGUUGUUUUAGCCUUACUCACCUUUUUAUUAGCACAGACAUACAAUUGGAGACAGAUAUGUGUGACUGUAUUUGUGUGUGCCUGGGGGAUAAGGCUGUCCGGAUACCUUCUGUACAGAAUCAUCAAAAUUGGAGAAGACAAAAGAUUUGAUGACAAACGAGAAAAUUGUCUAGCUUUUGCAGGUUUCUGGAUAUUUCAGGCAGUUUGGGUGUUCACUGUCAGCUUGCCAGUCAUUUUUGUAAAUGCUCCGUCCAGUUCAGUCAAGUUGAACCCUGAUAAUGACUGGACACCUCAGGAUAUAGUUGGUGCAUUUUUUUUCGUUGUUGGUCUACUAUCAGAGACAAUUGGUGACAUUGAGAAAUUUAACUUCAGAAAUAAUCCAGCUAAUAAAGGAAAAUGGUGUGAUGUUGGUCUAUGGAGUGUUAGCCGACAUCCUAACUAUUUCGGAGAGAUUACAUUGUGGUUAGGGAUCUUCAUUAUCAGUACCAGUAUCCUGUGGGAUGGACAGUGGUCAGCCGUCCUAAGUCCACUUUUCACCAUGGCAAUCCUAUUGUUCCUCAGUGGUAUCCCUCUUCUCGAGAAAAAGGCAGAUGAACGUUUCAGACAGGAUGAAGGCUAUUUGAUAUUCAAGAACAGGACAAGUCCCCUUAUCCCUCUCCCCACGGGCUGUUAUGGAGCCCUCCCAAGGGCUUUGAAGUGUCUGUGCUGCUGUGAGUUUCCUCUGUAUGAUCACCUUAGCGAUGAAGCAGAGCAGAUUGUCAUUAAGACAGAAAUACCGGACAGUGUCACCAAGGAGUGAAGACAUUGAGGGCAUCUUUAAGUACAGGGCAUGGAAGAUAGGUGUAUCAUUUAGCUAUGUAAUGUUUAAAAUUUGUAUUUCUGAUUGAUUUUUCAACAAAUUCAUUGACAUUGUGUAUACAUUCCAACCUUGUGAUACUACCACCUUUUUUCUUGCCCAAAUUUGGUGUUUGGCGAUAUAUUAAAGGAAAUGUAAUGAACAAAAUGAGAAAAAGCGUUUAUAAAGGUUGAUGAUAAGUGUACGUCCGAGAUGGAAGAUAUCAAAUUUAAAGUUUAAAAAAAAUCUUAAAGAGUACGUUAACGAUAAAACCCCACUCAGGCUCAAAUAUCAAGUAUGAUUUUACAGGAUGUGCUUGGUAGAUUCUUGGAUGGAGGUUCAUGCAUGAUCAAUUCUGUAUAUCUAUCGGAAAUUCUUUACUGCGAUACUGCUGGUUAGGACAUGUUCUACCUCAUCCGCAGACCAGAAGAUUUUUUUUUUCCUGUCCAUAGUUUCACUGUAUUUUGUUGAUGGAAGAUCAUUUUAAUUUUGUAAGCUAAAGUAAAGCAUAUUCUGGAUGUAUGUCAUGGAUUGAAUCACAUUUUUUCCAGUAACAUGUAUUUGAAAACUCAUCAGAACAUAUUUGAAAACGUUGUGUGUAUGGUGUAAGGUAUAAUGGAAGUUAGUCAUAGAGCUGCAGUGUUGUUCGGUGCUGCAACUGGCUGAAUAUUUUUGUUUAGUGGUAAUUUGUUGAGUAGAUUGCCUAACUCAGAUGUUUUUUCAUUCAGCUUGUAUAAAUUGGUAAUGACACAGAAGUAUUUGUAUAAACAAUUCUUUAAAAAUGUCAUUUGUAUUGAAAGAGAUUUUGAUGUAUUUGUUUGUUACUAUGGUUUAA